GCUCCCAGGCGUCCUCGCAAGGUCGCUCAGCCCAGCGGGAGCGCGCGGCAGUGACCGGUCCCAGGUCCGGGGGCGCGCCGUUUCCUUCCGCCUGGGUACCCGCGGCGACAUGACGGGGUACACGCCCGAUGAGAAACUGCGGCUGCAGCAGCUGCGAGAGCUGAGAAGGCGAUGGCUGAAGGACCAGGAGCUGAGCCCCCGGGAGCCGGUGCUGCCCCCUCAGAGGAUGUGGCCUAUGGAGAGAUUCUGGAAUAAGUUUCUGCAGGACCCGGCCCCCUGGAAGAACCUGGUCUAUAAGACGUACCGACACAGUUUCCUUAUGUUUACUCAUGUACUUAUACCUGCCUGGAUUAUUCAUUAUCAUUUAAAAUACCAUGUGGCUACAAAACCAUAUGGCAUGGUUGAAAGGAAGCCCAGAAUAUUCCCAGGUGAUAUAAUUCUGGAGACUGGAGAAGUAAUUCCACCAAUGAAAGAAUUUCCUGGUCAACAUCAUUGAAGAUUAAUUUAAAAUUUCAAAGGCAUAUGAGCCUAAGUUUUGUUGGUAUAUUACCAUAUUUACUGAAUAUAUUCUCUGGAAAAGUAACUUUAAUAAAGCUUACUCUCGGA